AUGGAAGCCGCAGUAAUCGACGCCGGCUCCAGUCUCCUCAAAGCCGGUUUCGCAAUUCCCGAUCAAACUCCCGCCAUGAUUAUUCCUAGUCAGAUGAAGCGCAUGGUUGAUGAUAAAGGAUCAGUGGGUGAUAAUGGUAAUGGUCAGUUAGUGGUGGAUGAUGUUGCGGUGGAGCCGGUGGUGCGAGGUUAUGUUAGAGAUUGGGAUUCUAUGGAGGAUUUGUUGAAUUAUGUUUUGUAUUCUGGUCUUGGAUGGGAAAUUGGUAAUGAAGGUCAAAUUCUGUUUACGGAUCCGCUUUGUACCCCUAAGGCUAACAAAGAACAGUUAGUGCAACUGAUGUUUGAAACAUUCAACAUAUCAGGGUUUUAUGCCUCAGAGCAGGCAGUGUUGUCACUCUAUGCCGUGGGAAGGAUCUCUGGAUGUACGGUUGAUAUUGGUCAUGGAAAAAUAGAUAUUGCUCCAGUUAUUGAGGGUGCUGUCAAUCACAUUGCCUCGAGAAGAUUUGAGUUUGGAGGUACUGAUCUAACUAAUUUUCUGGCUCAAGAACUAAGCAAAUCCAAUCCGCAAGUGAAUAUCAGUGUGUCUGAUGUUGAGAAAAUAAAACAACUAUACUCAUGUUGUGCUGAAGAUGACUAUGCUUAUCUGAAGACCAAAGAUUAUUGUCCUGUGGAGACACAUACCCUUCCUGAUGGACAGGUGAUAACAAUUGGAAGAGAAAGAUAUACAGUUGGCGAAGCUUUAUUCCAGCCAAGUCUAUUGGGUUUAGAGGCUCAUGGCAUUGUAGAGCAGCUUGUCCGUACUAUUUCAACGGUGACAUCUGAUAAUCAUCGGCAACUUCUGGAAAAUACUGUGGUUUGUGGUGGCACUUCUUCUAUGAACGGUUUUGAAGACAGAUUUCAGAAGGAAUCUUUGCUAAGUUCGUCUGCUGUUCGACCUACCUUGGUUAAGCCUCCAGAAUAUAUGCCUGAAAAUUUAACCAUGUAUUCUGCAUGGGUGGGAGGUGCUAUACUCGCUAAAGUAGUUUUUCCUCAAAAUCAGCAUGUAACAAAGGCAGAUUAUGAUGAAAAUGGACCUUCCAUUGUUCACCGGAAAUGCUUCUGA